AUGGGGCCAAGUAGCCCAAUCGGACAGUCCACACUUGCCCCAGGUUCAAAACAACGCGGUCAAGCCUCCAGUGUAUCAUGCAUUCCCCGGAAAUUCGCCAUAGAGCCAAUCAGCAACGCGGGGGGUAACCUUUCGCAUGCCGCCAUCCCCAGUUAUGUCUCCACACUGAAGAGGAAACGUGAUGACCUGAGUGAUCAACUUGAACGGCAGCGAGCAUCUCGUUCAGGGGAAGCCCCAGCUGAGCCACCACAAACACCUCGCUCUGCGUCGCGCCACCGGCAAGAAUUCCAGUAUGCAACAGGACCCUCUAGACAGGACUGUAUUGAGAAUACUGUUCAAGCUGCGAUGGGUGAGAUUGGGUUCUUGUCGACCAGUGCAAUGGCAGAGCCACGAGAUGAAACGAGUGGUUUCUCGGAGGAACUCGCGAUGGGUCGCAUGGUUCGAGCUGCGCUGGCCCUGUCUGGUGCAACCCCGUCCCAAUCGAAUAUCGAUUCUUAUGGGCAACAGAUUGCCGCAAUAAAUGGGCCGACUGUACAUCUCAGUAGGCAAUUAGCUGUGCCUUUCUUCACCACUUUUCUUGACAUGAUGGGCUCUCAAAUGAUCCAUAUUGACUCGAACGAGUUAUGGACAGAUUUCGAUACAUUCUUCACGGAGUCCAAUGAUUUGGUUGAAAAGUACUCCUCAAAUUGUACUGCAAAAAUAUUUGUUGUUUACAUGUCUGUGGCCACGGGCGUCUUGCUAUCGCGGGAGUCGGGGAGCCUCCAAGGGCUUGCUGGUGCUCUCCAUCAAAAAGCAACGAAGCUUCUCCCUGGGAUCAUGAGGUCGGGUAACAAGAUUGAGAUCCUACAGUGUAUGCUUUCCCUAAUCCUUUACUCGAUGCAAAAUCCACAAGGCGGCUCAACAUGGCAUCUUGUUGGGCUGGCGAUGAAGAAGGCCAUUGCCUUCAGAUUCCACCAUGGCUCAGAUUCCUCCGUUAACAUACCAUCUCAUACACUCUUGAUGCGCCGCAAUAUCUUCUGGAGCCUCUACACCGUUGACAGGACAAUAAGCACAAUCAUGGACCGACCAUUUAACAUUGAGGAUGACGAAAUCACUGUGAAAGAGCCUGACCAGUACAUGAGUGACUUGCCCCAUAUGAAGAAUAAAUUGGCACGACAGUCUGUCGCGCACGCUAGGCUCAUGUCUGAAAUUCGUGAUGGGGCAGUGAACAGUGUCCUUUAUCAUUACAGCAACCUGUGCUAUUGGAGAGACUCCGCCCGAAACAUCAAGUCGGAACCGUCCGCCUCAGAAUUCCCACGAGCGGUAGUCAUAGAACUGGCAAGUAGAGCCAUGGUCGAGGUCCUGAAAACGAACGGCUCUGCAGAUAUUGAGCCAAGUAUGAUUCAUAGCUCCCAGAAUAUCGAGAGGGAUAUCGUGACGACUUGCUCGGAGUUUAUCGAACAUGCGUAUCAAAGCUCCGACCGUGGCGAGUUUACUGGGAGCUUCGUGGAAGCAUACGACAUCUUCGCGGCAGGUGUGGUCAUUGUUUGCCUUAAUGUGAAAUCUCCCUCGUCAUUUACAGACGCUGGUGUUAUGAACAAAUGCACGGCCCUGCUAACUACCGUGGGGGAGAGAUUCGCCGGCCUCAGGGUCUUCCGUCGUGUGCUCUGGGCUCUGUUUAAUACCGUCUCGGGAAAUUCGAAAUCUGACCCCAUCGUCCAUGAGCUCCCUCCGAUAAUUCCGGAUGGUAUUAGGAAUCUCAUAGCUGGAAUUCUACGCUAA